AUGAGUUUUGGUGCUGUUGUCCAGGAUUCCGCUCCUACCGGCGGCGAGAUUGCUGCUAUGGUCGCCGCACCUUUCUCCAUGCCACGCAGACGUGGCUCCCGUAGACACUUAUUCUGCACUUAUUGUAGUACUCCUGGGCAUGAGAUCACUGAUUGUUAUCAGCUGAUCAGUUACCCCAAAAAUUGGCCGAUUUCACGUCAUUCUGGUAGGAAGGGACGGGGGCGUGGAGGAGCUGGCCGUGGUUCCGUUUCUCCAGGUUCAGUUAGCGGCUCUUCUAGCUCAGCAGGUUCAGUUCAACUAAUCUAUCUGGUUCAUGCCGCUGCUGCCCAUUCGGUGGUCCAUCUGUCUCUGCUAUUGGUUCAUAUACUCCUUAUGCUGCUGCUACGGGCAUUAAUCCGACACAAUAGCAAACAUUGCUUUCUAUGUUCUCAACACAAUCUGGUUCGGACAAAACUAGGUACACUGAAAAGCUUUCUGCGCGUGCACGAAGUAUGGAAGGGUAACAAUAUAUUUCUUUUUGGUGGGAGGUUGAUUUUUGGCCCUGAUGCAAAGUCAGUAUUGGUCACACUAUUGUUGAUCAUUGCGCCGGUCGUUAUCUUUUGUGUUUUUGUCGCAAGGCAUCUUCGUCAUGAGUUUUCGUCCUACAAUGCUGGAUAUGCAAUCCUCAUAGUCGCAAUUGUCUUCACUAUUCACGUUUUAGUGCUUCUGCUUCUGACUUCAAGCCGAGACCCAGGAAUUGUACCAAGAAACUCACACCCUCCGGAAGAAGAGUUCCGUUAUGACACAUCAGCAACGAUUGAUGUCGGCGGGCGGCAAACACCGAGCCUCCAGUUCCCCCGAACGAAAGAAAUAAUGGUCAAUGGGCUCCCUGUGAGAGUCAAAUACUGUGACACUUGCAUGCUAUACCGCCCCCCUCGUUGCUCACACUGUUCCAUUUGCAACAACUGUGUCGAGCGUUUUGACCAUCACUGCCCUUGGGUAGGCCAGUGCAUUGGCUUGAGAAACUACCGUUUUUUCUUCUGCUUUGUAUCCUCGGCAACACUUCUUUGUGUCUACGUGUUUGCAAUAUCUGCAUUCUACAUAAAGGUCUUGAUGGAUGAUCAUCAAGGCACCGUGUGGAAGGCCAUGAAAGAGUCCCCUGCGUCUGUGGUUCUCAUGGUCUAUUGUUUCAUAUCCUUGUGGUUCGUUGGUGGGCUUACGGGCUUUCACCUCUAUCUAAUAAGCUCAAAUCAGACGACCUACGAAAAUUUCCGUUAUCGAUCAGACAACAGGGUCAACGUUUACGAUGGUGAAUGUCUCAACAACUUCCUAGAAGUAUUUUGCACCAAGAUCAAGCCCUCGAGGAAUGAUUUCCGGGCUUUUGUGCAGGAUGAGCCCCAGAGGGCGCCACCCGUACACUCCACACGGGGAUCCGAACCAGAGGACAAUAAUAACUCGGGGGAUGAUCGGCGCAUAAAGGUUGAAGAUGAUUUAGAUAUCGGUGGCGAUCUUUUGAAAAUCUCACAACGCCAUAAUAUAGAGGAUAUUGAGGCCGAUAUAUGGAGUAGGGGCAGCGACGUGCCACGUCAUUAUAAUCUGUCCGAGGUUGAUUCUGUCUUGGGUUCAGACAGGCGGGCCCAACCCGGUAUGGAUUCGGACAUGCGUCAGUCGAGCUGGGAGAUUGCGAACGAGAGAAAUUAUGCUACUUCAAAAGAAAUAUAA